AUGAAGUUCGGUGAACAGCUGAACCGGUCUCUCAUUAGAGAGUACAGCUACUACUAUAUCUGCUAUGAUGACCUCAAGACGGAGUUGGAGGAAAACCUCGAAUCCAACAACGGCGAGUGGAGCGAGGCGCUAGAAACGCAGUUUCUGGAGUCGCUAGAGGUCGAGCUCGACAAAGUGUACACCUUCUGCAAGGUCAAGCACAACGAAGUGGUCAGAAGAGUCAAGGAAGCACAGGAGCAGGUUCACAUGACGGUCCGCGCGAUAGAGUCGAACGCACCACCUUCGGAGCUGGAUUUCGAAAUCUUGGAGGAAGAGCUGUCCGACAUUAUCGCGGACGUGCACGAUCUUGCGAAGUUCGCCAGGCUGAACUACACCGGGUUCCAGAAGAUCAUCAAGAAGCACGACAAAAAGACCAAGUUCAUUCUCAAGCCCGUGUUCCAGGUGCGUUUGGACGCCAAGCCCUUCUUCAAGGAGAACUACGAUGACCUCGUGGUCAAGAUCUCCCAGCUGUACGACCUGGUGCGUACAAGAGGCAACCCCAUCAAGGGUGACUCCUCGUCCGGCGGUAAGCAACAGAACUUUAUCAGACAGACCACCAAGUACUGGGUGCACCCGGACAACAUCACAGAAUUGAAGCUUAUCAUCCUAAAACACCUCCCCGUGCUGGUGUUCAACACCAACAAGGAAUUCGAAAAAGAAGACUCCGCAAUCACCUCCAUCUACUACGACAACGAGAACCUCGAUCUCUACUACGGGCGUCUCAGGAAAGAUGAAGGUGCAGAGGCCCACAGACUGAGAUGGUACGGUGGAAUGAGUUCUGACACCAUUUUCGUCGAAAGAAAAACCCAUAGAGAGGACUGGACUGGCGAGAAAUCAGUCAAGGCCAGAUUCGCUCUGAAAGAACGCUACGUCAACGAUUUCAUGCACGGAAACUACACCGUCGAGCAAGCAUUCGCAAAGAUGCGCAAGGACGGUAAAAAGAGCCUCAAGGAGAUUGAAAACCUGGAGGCGCUAGCCACUGAGAUCCAGUACACGAUGCUGAAAAAGAAGCUCAGGCCUGUUGUGAGAUCUUUUUACAACAGAACUGCUUUCCAGCUGCCCGGAGAUGCUCGUGUGCGUAUCUCCUUGGACACUGAACUUUCCAUGGUGAGAGAAGACAACUUCGACGGCUAUGACAGAACCAAGGGCAACUGGAGAAGAAUGGAUAUUGGAGUUGAUUGGCCCUUCAAGCAGUUGCCUGAGAAGGACAUCUGCAGGUUUCCAUACGCAGUCUUGGAGGUUAAGCUGCAAACACAAUUAGGCCAGGAGCCUCCUGAGUGGGUUCGUGAGCUUGUCGGUUCCCACUUGGUUGAGCCAGUUCCAAAGUUCUCAAAGUUCAUUCACGGUGUGGCAACUCUGCUCAACAACAAGGUCGAGUCUAUACCUUUUUGGCUGCCACAGAUGGACGUGGACAUUAGAAAACCACCUAUCCCUACCCACAUCAACAUCAGCCGGCCUGGAAGAAGCGACAACGAUAGUGAUGAUGAUUUAUACACUAACGAGUCACACCCUGCAGGCAACCUCAUGGACCCAGAAGAAAGAGUUGGGUACGGCGCCAUAGAGGGCGGAGACCCACAAAACUCUCAGCCCGCCGCUGACCAGCACAGCGCCUCCGCAGUGCUCCAGAGAAAGGCGAGAAACGCAUCCAAUCCUGUCACGAGAAUGUUUUACCAGGUUGGUGCCGCUGUCGACCACUACUUACACGGAGACCAAGUCACUAAGGUCCCACAAGGCACUGUGUUCGACACUGAGGUACGCGCUCCACCAGGGAAGACAAUCUGCGUCCCAGUCCGUGUUGAACCCAAGGUGUACUUUGCCACUGAAAGAACCUUUCUUUCUUGGAUGUCCAUUGGCCUGAUUUUUAACGGUGUCGCCAUUUCCAUGUUGACUUACGGAACUCGCACUACUAUGGUGGCGUCUGUUGGCUUUUUCUUGACUGCGCUGGUCACCAUUAUCUACAAUGCCUACGUGUACUGCAAGAGGGUUGUGAACAUCAGGCUCAAGAGGGCAAUUGACUAUCAGGACAAGGUCGGACCGCCGCUUGUAUGCGCAUGCCUCUUGGCUUCAACCAUAUUCAGCUUCUACUGUAAGCUGGCAUCCUGA